AUGAAAGCCCUCAUCCUCGUGGGGGGCUACGGCACCCGCCUCCGCCCCCUCACUCUCUCCGUUCCAAAACCUCUUAUUCAGUUUUGCAACAGGUCCAUAAUUGAGUACCAAAUCGCUUCUUUCAAACGAGCCGGAGUCAAACACCUGAUUUUGGCUGUUGCUUACCAGUCUCAAGCCCUCAUGGAGGCCUUGCAGGAACUGGAGGCAAAG